CAAAGUGUGUCAAAUACGCCGAAUGCAAUUUUCAAAGUGAGAGUGAAACUGAACUUCGUGUGUGUGUGAGUGUCACAAUCGUAUGGAGUAUCUUCUUCGCGAGUGAAGUGAAUGUGACCUGGACCUCGACUUUGAUACCGCGCCGUAGCUAUGAAGGUCCAACUAUGGUUUCUGCUUAUAAUUCAUGUGAGCUGCUUGUUAGGAAUUACCAAUGCUGUACGCUCAUCUAUAUAUGCCCCUUUGCAUUUGAUCAGUUUGAAGGACAUAACAGCCGACGAAAGAAGACAGAUUGCACUCCUGGAGCAGAAACUAGAUAGAGCAAAAAGAUCAGGACACCCAGGAUCAGGAUCAGGAUCAUCCGGGUCAGGAUCAGGAGAUAUCUUAAACGCUAUAAAAAACGCUAUUGGUAAUAGCAUCAAGAAAAAAGUAGGACAAUUGGCAAUGGCGUCAGCAUCUGCUUCCGGAGCCUUCAGCAAAACUAGUAGCGGUGGUGGCGAUCAUCAUUCUCAUCACGAGUAUUACGAACAUCAUCCACAUCCACCGCCACAUCAUUAUGAGAGUCACAGCUCCCACAGCUCCCAUAGCUCAUUAGAUUUCUGGGAUCUCAAGAAAUCAGUCCUCAACACACUACUUCAGGCAGUCAAAGCUAUCAAAGGUGGCGUAAUAGCUGUCAAAGGACAGCUAAUCAAAGGUGGAGGCAAGCUGGUGUCAGCCUCUGGUCAUCUAGUAAGUUCACAGGGAGACGCUAUCACCAAUCUUGGAAAACAAAUAGCAACUAGUGCUAUAUUAGUGCCAUGGAUGGGGUCUUCAGGGAAAGGUCACCCUCAUGUAGAAUACGAAUCAGAUCACCACUACACAGCACCAAGUGCUCCAGAGGAUAUCCACUACCAUCACGGUCCUCACUCAGAUCAUCACGAAGACUAUCAUGUUCCAGAACACUAUCCACCACCACAUCGAGCAGAUGCAGCUGGAUUACUGGUCCUAAAGAAAGUGACAAACCGUGGCAGCCACAACCACCAUCAACCAGACCACUACGCUUCACCGUCGGACAUCAGCCCCCACCAAGCAUCUCCUAGUUUCGGUACUAUAAUUGGUAAAUUACUGUCAGCAUCCUCAUCACUCGAUCCUCACAAACCUGACUUAUUCGGGAAUCGGCCACCCGUAGAACACGACACACACGAUAGCUACCAGGCGUAUGUGAUACCAAAUGAUAAGGAGAAUGAGGUUAUUCAUGCAGCUUCUGGUGUGGUUAAUCAUCAAGUAUCAACCUCUAAUGUUCCAAAAGUAGUUCAUAAGAAACCUACGUUUGUAGCUCCUGUCAAAGAUGACUCUAUUUUCGAAGAUCCUCCUGAAGAUCUGAACGAAAAUUUCGACAUAACAUCCCAUCAUAGUCAUAAAGUAGCAGUUUCCCAUCAGAAUAAUGCGUAUCUUAUCAAUUCUGAUAACAAUGACUUCAAUGCCCAUCAUAAGGAACCAGUUUCGUAUCAAAAUAGUGCAUAUCUCAUAGAUUCUGACAACCAAGACUUUAAUCUUGAUCCUAGAGGACAAUCCAGUCCGACUUCUUUUCAGUCUGUAGCAAAUCCCUUCGAUGUAACGUUAGACGAAGCCAAAGAUCUUGCUCCAACUAGUCCAUACUUGUCACCCCCUUCCAAAAAUCAACAGAUUGCUACAGAUUUUAAUCAAGACGAACCUGAACAUGAUGAAAUGCAAGCAGCUUCUGAUGCUAAGUACACCCAAAUUACCGAAGACUCCGGUAAAUCAAAACCUUCUCCUUAUUUAGAAACACCAAUAGUCAAGUACUUUCUCCCAACACCCAGUGAUCUACUCCCAGUUAAAGUCAAGUAUGCCCCUAUGGCUUUUUACAAGAACCCCUCCAAACAAUCUUCUUCUUCCAGCAGAAGCCCUAGCUACAAAAAACAUUCGUCCCACAAAACCUCCAAACACAAGCAUCAAAACCAUGAUCUUGUCCAAUCUAUUUCCUAUGAAUUAGGACCGAAUGGACCUAAAAGACUGACGUAGUUUUUAAGGUAUAUCUAGGAAAGGUCCAGAAUACUACCAAACGUUUGAUCCAUAUUUCGAAUAAUCGGUAUGUUCGGAAAGUGCACUAAUAUGGAAAAUCUACAGGAUAGACUAAAAUCUGGAACUGAAAUUGUCUGCUUGAACUUGGACAAUUAUCGGUUUAUUGUUUUAUAUGUAUUUCAUUUGUUAUAUAGUAAUAUAUUUUAUUUAUUUUUUACUAGAAAAA